CGCGGCGACUAUUAUAUCGUUAAGUCACUCAUAUUAAUCACUAGGACUAUCUAUAUGCUCUAGUGUUGCGUCCCUAGUUACGACCAUUUGUAAAAUCGCUUCGGCUAAAACGGGUAGUUCGGAUAGAGUAGAGACGUGUUAACUUCUGUCUGUUCUGUUUCUUUUAUCUAUUGAACGGACACUUUCUUUCCAUUAUAAGCAGGGAUAGGAUUUAAUACAAAGAAUGUCAACAGAAGUGUUCAAGCCCACAAAUGGUGCCGACCUCGUGACCAGAAGUGCCAUCAAUGAGGGUUAUGCAGAACCUGUGGACUCGUUUAAGAAAUCAACAAAUAGCCGACCGUCAACACAAGGAGGGUACAGAUUUGGUCAACUUAGUCAGAAUUCAUUUUUCACCAGACAUAACCCUCAUCCUGCAAGAGUUCGACAUUUAAAAGGUCUGUUAGAUGUUCCAAUAUGCGCCGUCAACGACGAUGGCUAUUUCUCCAAUCCACGAUAUUCUCUACAGUUCCCGCCAAAUUAUUUCAACCAGAAGAAAUUGCAGAGAAUUCCAGUCAAUGCCAUCAACGUCAACUCACAACUACACCCUAUCAAUACUGUCACUGGUCUACAGUACUUUACUGGGCUUACAAACUAUCCUUUCAGAGAGCGGGCGGUGCCAAAGGUGGGGCUUGUGCCAGUCACUGAGGCGUGGAGAGAUGAACUGAAGGCCCUUACAGACGCUUUGCAAGAAGCACAGCCUGAACAACCCAAAGAACCAAAACUACUAGAAAGACCAAAAACACAAUACUCAGAAACAACAGGGCGUCUGAUCCCACCGCCAUCACGUGCAAUGUCGAGGGGUUCAUCUAGACAUGGAUCACGACAGGGAUCAAGGGCGGGUCAGAGAGACAUGUUCCAAAGAAAUUUCCAACAUAUAACAGAAGACCCGGACAUGGAAUCACAUGUUUUAAUGAUGCUGUGUCAGAUUCUACAAACAGAAGAUAUAAAUGCUGUAAAAGCUUGGUUAUGUUCUGCCGGAGAAAGAGAAAAAUCCAUGGUACUUGAGAUGAUAAGAACGGCUGUAGGUUCAAAAGAAGACUAUUUUGAGAGACAGUUUAAACCAGAAUAUGUAGAAAAUUACAACGUUCCUAAGCUACCACCAAUAAAUGAAAAAGAUGAUGGUAAACCUAAAACAGUUACCAGAUUGACGGUAGAGGAUGACGGAAGUGAGCACGUGGAGUCAUGGAAACAGCCGGCUGGUGCCACGUGGUCCCAGCAGCAGUCAACACAACAGCCAGAACCAGACAAUUUCCGACCACCAACCUCUGAUGCAUUUAGAAAAACAUCCGGACGUCUAAGAAGUCAACAAAAUGGCCGCGUAGCGACACCAAAAGCGGCACCAGCACCGGAGCAAGCAGUACUUAGAUUAACUACAUCCGCACAAGGAAAUAGGCCUCAACUACCUGAACCUGUUGCCCCAGCAACGGUAGAACAAGAUCAAGAACCAAGUUUAAAUACAUUUUAAGGGUCGAGAAAUAGCUUAAGCUGACUUGCAUUAUAACAACAUUUUUCAAGUUAAUGAAAAGACACAGUCUGGAAUUUAUUUUCACAGAAGUAAUGACUGGCGAUAGGGUAAUUGUGUAAAAUGGUCAGUUAUAUUUUCCAGCUUUAAAAUUACAGAUUUGAACCUGUCAUUGUUUUUGUACAUUUCAUAUACAGAAUUGCUUAAAAGCAUGAAAACCGUGCAGGCGGUUUUCAUAUUCUCAAAAAAAAAUGUUUUAAUACGAUCUAUUUAUUUUGAGAAAAAAAAAAACAUGAAACUGAACUUAGAGAUGUUGAAAAAAUAUGGAGAUUUAUUUCGUUUGCUGAAUAGGGUUUAUUUCAUUUUGCCGGAUGCUUUAUCCAAUGAUUCUUAAGUUCAGUCUAUCUUCUAUUAUUGCUUAAAGACUUGUCUUCAGUUAAAUAUAUUUGUGCACUUUUCAUUCAAUGAAAUAUACAUAAAAUAUCUCUUCUUCUACUACAGUUCAGUCUUCAUAAAUGAGCAUGUACAAAACGUGUUUUAUUGUUGAUCUUUUUAGUUUAUAUUUUGAUAAAUUUUGCCAAUGUUAGAUAUGCCUGUUGCUAGAUUUACCCGUGCAAUGUAACCAGCAUAGCUAACUUAAUUACUAUCAGUAUUAAUUAGGAUGUUCGAAACAUUUAGUCACGAAUUGUGAUUAAUUUAGUAAGUGCGCUUAUUGCUAACUGCUCAAAUGUAUAAGGAACAUACUAAAAUAAUGUUGGCGUAAAUUGGUCUACCAUGUUUAAGUACUGGUUGCAGAAAUUAUUUAUGUAUGAAUACGUACCUUGACUUUAUCUUUUACGUUUCUCUAAAGAAGUUACUUCUUAAGUACGAUUACAGAAAAGUUCCAAUCGAAUACAUUUGUAAACACGAAACAUACAGGGUUUCAAUCAUUACACAUUUUGAUGUGUUUGUCAUUCUUGGACAACGCAUAUUCAGUUUUAUUACAGUUCUUGCACUUUUAUGAUAAUAUUUUAGCACGUAUUUUAAACGUAUGUAAGCGUCAUUUAUUACUCAUUAUUUUUGGUUGUGAUUAUAUACAAAAACGUAAGUAUGAGUAUGUAUGUAUGAGUGUACGUCUUUAUGCCUGGGUAAAAAGACAAUUGUACCCACUGACAUUAAGAACAUAUACGAUAGUGGUCAAACAUAUACGAAACGUGAAAUGUGAUUCAAACUAACUGAAUAUUUGCUGAUUUUCAUACAUAUAAACUACAUAUCUUCGUUUUGAUCACAAGAUCGAACAGUUAAAUCAACGGCAAAAGGGAGGUAACUGCUGUUAUGUCAUUUUUAUGUAAUAUUCCUGUUACAUUUUGUUGUGUUUGUUUUUGUUGUUAUUUAUUACAGCAUUUUUUACUUUGUAAAUGUUACCUUUAUCUAUGUUUUAUGUUAAAGCUUAAGCUGUGACCUUAGAAAUAUUGUUUUCAAUUAUUUGUGUACAACUUUUGUAAUAUGUCGAUUUCACUUUGGGUAUUUAGUUCAUGAAAUUAUUUUGAUCCUCUAUUGUAUUGUAUGAGGAUCAGCUAUUGAUCAUUUUGUAAAAACAAAUAAAAUUGUGUACAUGAAUAAAAGUGCUUCCUAAAAUGUACACACACUCUAAACUUUUAGAUAUAUUGCAAUGUAGCGCUAUAUAACAUCCAAAAUAUAUUUUGUUAUCGAAAUAAUGUGAUAAAAUGCAUAUACCACUUUGUCUAGUAAUAACCGUAAAGUAGUAAACCAUGUGACCCAUAGGCUGUGAAUUAAAUAUACUUAUGAAUAAUUAUUUCGUACUUUGCAAAGUAUUUGAUGUAUAGUGUAACGUGACUGUGUGUUCAUUACACGGAAUUGCGCUAGUAUAUGUAUUACAUAUAAGCAUCAUGUUAAAAUCGUCUUGAUGAAAAGUAUGCAUGAUAACGGUUUCUAAACGAUUUUACUGUAAACAAAGUAAUUCAAACUUCAUUAGAGGGCCGAAUUAAGCGUGAUCUGUGAUAGAUUUGUAUAAUGUUCGUGUCUGUAAAUGUUUUUAUUAUAAAUAGGUUUUAUUGUUUUGUAUUAAUUAUUCUUCUAAAAUAUAUAUUUGAACCUGUCAUAUACAAAUAAAUCUGUUUGCAAAAAGGUG